UUUCCUAGGCUCUAGAGUAUCACUUCAACACUCCAAACGUUCUCAAACUCUACCUCUAAGUCUCCUACCACAUCGUCGAACUUGGCUUCCGAAUAAUUAUCUUCUCGAUCAAAAGUCUAUCUCCAAACAUACAACUAAGUUUCCACCGGGUCCGAGAUGCCACCAGCAUGGGGAAAGGACGAAAUUAAGGAUCUCCAAGAUUUCCGUAAACAAAAGGACGAUAUUCGUUGGUUAGUCGGCCAAAUGAACAAUCGGCCCAGCAAAGACCGCAUUUACACUGCUAGCACGAUUAGAAAUCAACUUGAAAACAUUGACUUCGACGACUGGCUUUCAAGACAGGCGGGUCAGGCAGGAGAGUCAAGUCGGGCUAGAGAGACAAGCCAGGCGGGAUACGGAGGACAAUCAGGAUACACAGCACAGGCAGGAAACCCAGCAUCGUCAGGAGGACAAUCGGAUUACGCAAAUCAAGGAGAGCAGUCAGGGUAUGGAGAGCUGGGAGAGCAGAGGCAGCGUCAAUAUGCUUGGCAACCACCUCAACCCGAUGGACCCCCCAAGAGUUGGGGUCCAGGGCCAUGUUGA